GAAUUUUGUAGUUAGUUUGAGGGUAGCAGUAGAGCUCAGAAAGAAGUGUGUGUCCUCUCCACCAUCUUGGCUCUGCCCCUUACACUCAUGGAAAUUGAAUAUACACAGAAAGGGAGGCCACAGUCUGAUUAGAUCCCAAAUGUAAUAAAAGGUUGGUUUUUGAACACAACCUUUUAAGAGAGUCAUGGACAAGUGGGAGUGGCUCUAGUUACUGAAGGGUGACCAGGAUAUUUUAAAUAGCUUGAAAACAUGACAUUGCAAAAGAACAAUGGAAUGUUUACCUCUGUGUGUACUUUUCUAUUUGAAUAAGAGCUCCUUGAGACCAGAGGCUGACUUGAUUUUUGUUUGUACCCCAGUUGCCUAUCACUGUGCUUGUUGCGUCCUAAACACCUCUGUAGAACAUUCAUUCAAGCUCAAGCAGAGCAGCCACAUGAAGAUUUGCUUGGGCACAAUCAGGCCAGUGGAUGAAAGUUUGAGAGGGGCAGAUUUGAAGAUGAUAUAAGGAAGACUGUGCUAAAAAUGAAAGCUGAUUGAAAUUGGCUUGCAGCACCUCCCAGGAUCCCUUCCCUGGAAGUGUUCUGAGGGGGUCCUGUGGCCAUCUUGCAGGAUUGAAAGCAUGGCUAUCCUUUUCGCAGUUGUUGCCAGAGGCACAACCAUCCUUGCCAAACAUGCUUGGUGUGGUGGAAACUUCCUGGAGGUGACAGAGCAGAUUCUGGCUAAAAUACCCUCUGAAAAUAAUAAACUUACUUAUUCACAUGGAAAUUACCUAUUUCACUACAUCUGCCAAGACAGGAUCGUGUAUCUUUGUAUCACAGAUGAUGAUUUCGAACGUUCCCGAGCUUUCAGUUUUCUGAAUGAAAUCAAGAAGAGGUUCCAGACUACUUAUGGUUCCAGAGCUCAAACAGCCCUUCCCUAUGCCAUGAACAGUGAGUUCUCCAGUGUUCUGGCUGCACAACUGAAACAUCACUCUGAGAACAAACAGGUGGACAAAGUGGUGGAGACUCAAGCCCAGGUGGAUGAACUAAAAGGAAUCAUGGUCCGGAACAUUGAUCUUGUGGCUCAACGAGGAGAAAGACUGGAAUUACUGAUAGAUAAAACAGAACAUCUGGUCGAUUCUUCAGUCACCUUCAAAACUACUAGCAGGAACCUUGCCAGAGCCAUGUGUAUGAAGAACCUAAAGCUCACCGUCAUCAUCAUCAUCGCAGCAAUGAAUCCACCACUGGCUCUGUCUUUCCUCCUCCUCUCUCUUUGUCAUCUCCAUAGGGACAACUGGCAACAGAGGGAAAGGAGAAGAAGAAACAGGUAAAGCUGCAUUCUUAGGUGCUUCCCUCCCCCUCCAAACCCCAUUCUGGAAGGUCCAUCACAGGCCAGAAUUGCUACCACUAGGAGAGCUUGGACUAUAGCAUGCAAGAUUCAGUCCAUUGUGACAAGCUUUUAUUAAUCACAUGUGUCAGAUGCCUCCAUUUGAGAAGCUUCUUCUGGUAAAUACCAUUCAAGGAUAGAAGAGAGCAUUAAUGAAGCCAUGAAGAAAGGCUUUGUAAGAAAGUGGCGGCUAGAGGGGAGGGCCAAGAGGAGCCCAUCUCAGGUGUGGGAACCAGCCCUUGUAGAGGUGGGAAAUGGCUUGUUUGCCUGCAACUAGGAUGUGUGACAGGGAGUGAUGUGAAGUCUACAAAAGUUAGCCGAGUCCCUUCUCUUGACAGGUAGCAGCAGGUCAGAAACUGUAGAUACAGGACGUGUGCCACUUUGUUUGGCUCAGCUGUACUUCUCUGCCACAAAAGAGAGUUCUAUGGGGUAGCAAGGGGCAACAAGUUAUUGACAGUGACGGGGGAAACGUUACUUUUUUUCUUUUUUAAAGAGAAACAAAGGUAAAGAAGGUUAAAAAAAAAAAAAACUGUUCCAGUCAGGGGAAAGUGACUGGGCCCACUACAAAUAUAUGUUCCAUGAUCUCAAUCAGACCCUCAUUGAAUCUAGGCAGUCUUUUUGCCUUACCUCCUUAGUUCACUCUCCCACUUUCUACAGAGAGUCUUGCAAACCUUUCAUACCCUUUUCAAACCUUCCAUGACUUCCCCUUCUCUUAUUUUAUCAGAUGAGAAACUUGCCUUUUAUUUUACUGAAGAAAAAAAAAACAGAACAUUCACCAAGACCCUUUCUUCUCUCAUCCUUAUCUCACAUUAUUCGGGUACUUUCUGUCACUAUCUCCUUCACCCCUACCCACAGGAUGAGGUGGCUGUUCUCGCACUGGACUUUUAUGAAUCUGGAAGAGAAAAUGAGGCUGACACUCUGUCUCACUUAAAUCCAAUUCAUGUGAAAGUGACAUCACCUGCAAUGUCAUUGUUCCCCUUUGAAGACAAAGGAUGAACAAUGACUCCUCUACGUGCACAAGUAAUCCCCACCUUCUCCGCCAGAUUGCAUCGUCCUCCUUCCCUCUCCCAUUAUCUUCCCUCUCCCUUUUCAGUCUCUUGCUUUCUUACUGCCUAUAAACAUGUCCAUGUCAAACCCAUCUGCAAAAAACUCAUUUGAUUCAUCUAUCCAUAUCCGUGAUACUCUGUUCUCUCUCAGUUUUGUGGACACAACUCUACUGGUUCUCUUCCUGCCUGUCUGACUACUCUAUCUCAGAGUCCUCUGUUGGACCUGCAUCCAGUUUGUACUCUCAGAGGGUUUCUCUCAGACUUGCCUGGGUGGUCUCUUCCCUCUGUCCUGCUUCACUUGAUAAUUUCAUCAAUUCCCAUGGACUGAAUUAUCAUCUCUAUGCAUCUGACCUCUUAGCUGGCAUAGGCUCAUGUCAGCUGUCUAUGAGACAUCUCAAACUAGAUGUCCUUUAGACAUCUUAGGACUCAGUAUGACCCAGAGAUUAAUUGUUUUUCCUUUUAAACCCUCCCCUCUCCCACUUUCCCUUUUAAUGUUGAAGGUAUCACCUUCCUCACAAGCUCCCAGGCUCAUAACCCAGAAGUCAUUCUGGAUUCUUCACACUCACCUCCCAGACCAAGUUAUAUCCUUAUUGCCCAAGCCCGUUGACUUCACCUCUGCAGCUUCUCUCAGAGGUUCUCCCUUUGCUCCUUUGACACUGUCUCCACCCUCAUGCCUGGAUUAUUGCAAUAAGUGCUGGUGAGUUGGCCUACCUCAAGUCUCUUUCCCGCUUGAGUCCAUCCUCCUUUCAGUCACCAAAGGGAUUUUUCUAACUCGAAGGUGUGAUCAUUUCACUCUCCUGAAUAAAUUCUAGUGGCUCCCUCUCAUCUCUAGAAUCAAAUACAGAAUCCUCGCAAGCAAAACUUUAUAACAAACCAUCCCCAACCCCUGCCCAAUCUUUUUACACAUUACUUUCUGCCAUGUACUCUUCUACCCAGUGACACUCCUCCUGGCUGUUCCAUGAACAAAACACUCCAUCUCUUGGAUCUGAGCAUUCUUUCCGGCUGUUUCCCGUGCCUAAAAUGUUCUCCUUUCUUUCUCAGGUUCUGACCUCUCUGGCUUCCUUUA